CCGCAUUCGCCCAGUUACAAAUAGGCCCUUGGCAUGGAUGUCGAAGACAACAACUGUGCUUUGAACUCCUCUGCUUUUUGGCAUCUCCACUCUCGCAAUUGUCGACCCGCUCUUUCUCGAACCUUUGUUCAUUCGUUUCCUUCCUGUGUCUCAAAUGCGUGCCUUUCCUCUCAUAUUCUUGCUCUCUGCUGCUGGUGCAGCACUUGGUGCACCCGCCAAAAGAGACGGCUCCGUCGCAAUAGCGUGGUAUCCGAACUACUACAGCGACCAGUUCGGGGUUGACAAAGUUUCGUGGAGCAAGUACACGACGAUGAACUACUUUUCUGUGCUGACCGCCAACAACGGGGAGGUCACGAUAUCCGACUCGGACAAGGACCUCCUCCCGAAAUUUGUCUCGGCGGCGCACGAGAACAACGUUAAAGCGAUUCUCACUGUCGGCGGAUACGGCGGCUCCAAGUAUUUCUCGCAGGACUGCUCGACAGACAGCGGACGCGCGCAGUUCGCACAGAACAUCAUGGCGCUCGUCAAGCAGUAUGACCUCGAUGGCAUUGACUUUGAUUGGGAGUUCCCCGAGCAGCAGGGCGCGGACGGUAACACGGAGUCGCCGCAGGACAGUGCCAACUUCCUUAAGUUCCUCCAGGUCCUCCGUCAGCAGGACGGUGCGAGCGACAUCACCCUUUCAGCAGCCGUUGGCGACCGACCGUUCGUCGAUGCCAACGGCGACCCCAUGGCCGACAUGUCUGGCUUUGCCAAAGUCUUUGACUACGUGGAGAUCAUGAACUACGACGUGUACGGCCCCGAAUACACCAAGGUUUUCGGCCCCAACGCGCCUCUCGACUCCUCGUGCGCGCCCUCCGGCCAGCAGGGCAAGUCCGCGAAGAUGGCGGUGGAGACGUGGACCGAGGCCGGCUUCCCCGCGUCGCAGCUCGUGUUGGGCGUGCCCGCGUACGGGUACGGCUACAAGGCGACCCGCGAGCAGGUGACGGGAUCGAGCGCGGGCGAUAGCAUCCAGCUGUACGGCUCGUUCGACGGUACGGCGCCGGGCAUGGCAUUCGGCAGCACCAGUCCGAGUGACGGCACAUACGAGUUCGAGGGCAUGAUGGAGGCGAAGUUCCUGAACGACGAUGGGAGCGUUGCAAGUGGCCUCUUGAGCAUCUUUGACAAUUGCUCACAAACGCCGUUCGUGUACGACCCGACGAACGAAAUCCUCAUUUCGUAUGACAAUGCACAGUCGUUCAAGGCCAAGGGCGACUAUAUCAACUCGGCGGGUCUGAAAGGUUUCUCCAUCUUUGACGCUGCAGGAGACUACAGCGACAUCCUCCUCGACGCCAUCCGGGGUGGCGUGGGUCUCUAGUUGAAAUGUGAACGCAUGGGUACUGCUGGCAGUGCAGGGAAAUGGAGUGCUAAACUUGGGGCCACUUGGAGUUUGUGGCUAUCUUUAAUACAUUGAUUUCUCGUACGUAGGACAAAAUGGAGCGGAGUGUACUGUGUGGUCUGAUGAUCAAUCCGUAUGGACGUU